AGGAAGGAGAGAGCAUAGAUAUAUAUACAGGAGAGAGGCUGAGGCUGCAGCUCUUCCUCCGGGCCGCUCGUCUCUUCCCCCGGACUGACUGACUCCAGGCUGAUGAGGAGCUAGCGACACUCGGAGCCCACCAUUGGCUGUCCCGACUGCCGAGGCUGGCGGGCAGUGGCGACAGGGAGAGACCGCAACCGACGAAGGAAAACACCGAGAGAACACCAGAAACUCGGACGGAAACGAAGGGAAUACAAAGUUUUUACUUGCGGUUUGGAUGAAAACGUCUCUGAUGUUAGCUGGAAGUUUCCGAGUCGGGCAGUUGAUGUGGUGACGCGACUCGACUGGAAGCUAACUGAUGCUAACUUGAUAGAUUAAUCACUUCAUCAGACCUAUUUCAGGAAUUUUAAAACUUGUUGUAGUAUUUUUCGAUAAUGUAACACAAAUAGCUGUGAGAUAUUAUAUCAUGUUGUCUACUUUUAUAUGGAAUAGAGCAUAUCUUUAGUCGAUUACCUUGCGUUAUCUGAGUAUAUGAAACUAGCGAGCGUUAGCUACCUAGCAGGCUAGUAGCUAACGUUAGCUGCCGACUUUAAACUGACUUCAAGCCAAAGAACUGUGCUUCAAAUUAGCUAAAGCUAGCCCGGCUACAGCUGUUUCCACGUCACCUAACUGUACCAUCACAUGUCUACCUGUUGUGAAUUGUUAUCAUCGGCGAGGUGAACUUUAUUUUCGAGGAUGGGCGUUUGUUUUGAAGAGCAAACAUAGUCACUUUACUUCCAAAUCUAGAUAUGCAAUCAUCGAGAUCACCAGCUUACUUAAUGCUAGCAUGCUAACGCUGAGUUAGCCGGCCAAACUUGGAAUAGUGCCCCCUGCUCACUUGAUGUGGGUUACGCUUUGAGGCCUUUAGGAUAUUAUCCUCUUUUUUUCCACCGAGAAGACCCUUUUUCACAGCCUUAAUGCAUCCCAGACUCCCAGAAUUUAUAUUCUGAAUGACUCUGGAUAUUUGUCAAGUUUGACAAGGUUACAGCUGGAGUACCUGGACUUUGUUGACGUUUGCUUGGCAUCAGAAAAUAACGUGGAUUAUAAAAGCUGUUGGAAUAACAAUAUUCUUCAAAGAUGAUGUGCGAGGUGAUGCCUACCAUCAGCGAGGCCGAAGGGCCCGGCGGGGGAGGCGGCAGCGGUCGCCGAGGCUCCGGCUCCCCGCUACAGUCAGACUCGGAGGGUCACUUUGAGUCGCUGAUGGUGUCCAUGCUGGAGGAGAGGGAUCGUCUUCUGGAGACGCUGAGAGAGACGCAAGAGAAUCUGGGCUUGACUCAGGGCAAGCUGCAUGAAGUUAGCCAUGAAAGGGACUCGCUGCAGAGACAACUUAACACCGCUUUGCCACAGGAGUUUGCUGCACUAACAAAGGAGGUGAACGUGUGCCGGGAGCAGCUUCUGGAAAAGGAGGAGGAGAUUGCGGAGCUGAAGGCGGAGAGAAACAACACACGGCUCCUGUUGGAGCACCUGGAGUGCCUGGUGUCUCGCCAUGAGCGCAGUCUGAGGAUGACGGUGGUGAAGAGGCAGGCUCAGUCUCCAGCAGGCGUCUCCAGUGAGGUGGAGGUCCUCAAAGCCCUUAAGUCACUUUUUGAACACCACAAAGCCCUCGAUGAGAAGGUAAGGGAGCGACUACGUGUCGCCUUGGAAAGAUGUAGCGCACUGGAGGAACAGCUCACCAUCUCGCACAAAGAAUUGGCUUACCUCAGGGAGCAGAGCAGCCUAAAGAGAGGGCUGGCAGAUGGAACCAGCGAGGUCAACCACAACUCUGAAAACACACCAAGCACUAAUGGCAAGCGGUCCUCGGACGGUUCGCUGAGUCAGGAGGAGGAGUUGGGGCACGGCUUUGGAAAGGUCAGCGAGCUGCAGGACGUGGUGGACCGUCAGACGGCCGACCUGGGCCAGAUGAAGGAGCGAAUGGCUGCUAUGGUUUCACGCAUCAGCGAGCUGGAGGAGGACCUGGAUACGGCCAGGAAGGACCUCAUCAAGUCUGAAGACAUGAACACGCGGCUACAGAGAGACCUGAGAGAGUCGAUGGCUCAGAAGGAAGACAUGGAGGAGAGGAUCACCACCCUGGAGAAGCGCUACCUGGCAGCUCAGCGGGAGGCCACCUCCGUCCACGACCUCAACGACAAGCUGGAGAAUGAAGUGGCCAACAAGGAGUCUCUUUUCAGACAGACUGAAGACAGAAACCGGCAACUCCAAGAGAAGCUGGAGCUGGCUGAGCAAAAGCUGCAGCAGACCAUCCGCAAGGCAGAGACUCUGCCUGAGGUGGAGGCGGAGCUCGCUCAGAGGGUUGCUGCCCUCACAAAGGCAGAGGAACGCCAUGGCAAUGUGGAGGAGAGACUGAGGCAGCUGGAGGCCCAGCUGGAGGAGAAGAACCAGGAGCUGCUUAGGGCACGGCAGCGAGAGAAGAUGAACGAGGAGCACAACAAGCGUCUGUCUGAGACGGUCGACAAGCUUCUGUCAGAGUCCAACGAGAGACUUCAACUUCACCUCAAAGAGAGGAUGUCUGCUCUGGAGGAUAAGAACGCCCUGAUCAGAGAACUGGAGCACACCAAGAAGCUGAUCGAGGAGUCUCACCAUGAGAAGGAGCAGCUCCUGAUUCAGAUCGAGACCAUGAGAGCCGAGAAUGAGCAGGGGAGGAGCAGGAGUAACUCCUUACUUCACGGGCGGUCUCAGCAGGGCAGCACUCCAGAUUUCAGGUAUCCAGUGUCGGCUUCCUCAAUGAUGGACAGUAACUCGGAUCACUACGGCAGCGCUCUGGUGCUGAGGCGGCCUCAGAAGGGACGGAUGGCGGCGCUGAGGGACGAGCCGUCCAAGGUGCAGACUCUAAAUGAGCAGGAGUGGGAGCGCAUGCAGCAGGCCAACGUGCUGGCCAACGUGGCCCAGGCCUUCGAGAGCGACAUGGACGCCUCAGACCUGGAGGAGGACCGAGAGACGAUAUUCAGCUCGGUGGAUCUUCUGUCCCCCGGUGGCCAGGCGGACGCACAGACCCUCGCCUUAAUGCUGCAGGAGCAGCUGGACGCCAUCAACAAUGAAAUCAGGAUGAUCCAGGAGGAGAAGGAGAGCACGGCCAUCCGGGCGGAGGAGAUUGAGUGCAGGGUGGGCAGCGGCGAUAGCCUGGGAGGACGUUUCCGCUCCAUGAGCUCCAUCCCCCCGUCACUGUGUGCGGGCUCAUCGUUGGGCGGCUCUCCCCCGGGCUCUGGCCACUCCACCCCCAGACGCAUUCCCCGCAGCCCUAACAGAGAACUGGACCGCAUGGGGGUCAUGACCUUGCCUAGUGACCUGCGCAAGCACCGCAGGAAGUCUGCUCAGGAUGAUAAGGCCACCAUCCGCUGUGAGACGUCACCGCCCACCACUCCACGCUCCAUGCGCCUCAACAGGGACGCAGGACACGCUGCCAGCCACGAGGACAUCAGAGACAUUCGAGGUCUGGCCGGUCUGCAGGACGGUCAGGGCAGUAACCCCAGCAGCAGCAACAGCAGCCAGGACUCGCUCAACAAAGCAGCCAAGAAGAAGAGCAUCAAGUCUUCCAUCGGACGCCUGUUCGGGAAGAAGGAGAAGGGCCGACCCAGCAUUCCCGGCAAGGACUCCCCCAGCCAAGCUGGCACUCCGGAGGCAGAGAGCUCUCCUAAGGAUGGUUUAGGAAUGGGCACUCUGGGAGGCCCUGCAGAGAAGAACAGGAAGCUGCAGAAGAAUCCAAAGACCGGGCAUGAAUUACUGGAGGAGGCUCGCAGGCAGGGCCUGCCAUUCGCCCAGUGGGACGGACCAACUGUUGUGGUUUGGCUGGAGCUGUGGGUGGGCAUGCCAGCCUGGUACGUGGCUGCAUGCCGUGCCAACGUGAAGAGUGGAGCCAUUAUGUCGGCGCUAUCGGACACAGAGAUCCAAAGGGAGAUCGGUAUCAGCAACCCCUUACAUCGUCUGAAGCUUCGCCUGGCCAUCCAGGAAAUCAUGUCCCUGACCAGCCCCUCCGCCCCGCCCACCUCCAGAACGACCACAGGAAACGUUUGGGUCACACAUGAGGAGAUGGAAAGUUUGGCGGCGACGCCUCCCACGGAGGAUGACGAGGGCAGCUGGGCCCAGACGUUGGCGUACGGAGACAUGAACCACGAGUGGAUCGGGAACGAGUGGCUGCCCAGCCUGGGUCUGCCGCAGUACCGCUCCUACUUCAUGGAGUCGCUGGUGGACGCCCGCAUGCUGGACCACCUCACCAAGAAGGACCUGAGGGGACAGCUGAAGAUGGUGGACAGCUUCCACAGGAACAGUUUUCAGUGCGGCGUGAUGUCUCUGAGGCGGCUGAACUACGACAGGAAGGAGCUGGAGAGGAAAAGGGAAGACUGUCAGCUGGAGCUUCAAGACGUGCUGGUGUGGAGCAACGAGCGUGUGAUCAGCUGGAUUCAGGCCAUCGGGCUGAAGGAGUACAGUGCGAACCUUUAUGAGAGCGGCGUGCACGGGGCACUGCUCGCCCUGGACGAGACCUUCGAUCACAACACACUCGCCCUGCUGCUGCAGAUCCCCACGCAGAACACACAGGCCAGAGCGACUCUUGAACGUGAAUACAACAGCCUGCUGGCCAUCGGCACAGAGCGGAGAAUGGAAGAGGACGAUGAUAAGAACUUCCGGCGCGCUCCUUCAUGGAGGAAGAAGUUCCGGCCCAAAGACAUGAGGGGGAUGUCCUUGGGUGCGUCCGACACCCUGCCCGCCAACUUCCGAGUGACCGGCAGCAGCGCGGCAUCUCCCUCCACGCAGCCAAAGAGGAGCCCGAUGGAUGGUAACCGCUGGUCUGAGGAUGAAGGGGAAUUCCCUGCAUUCAAGACCAGGAUGAUGAACUGAACUUGCAAGGACACUAAAAAGUUUUUUGUUGUCGUCACAGAGAAAGACCUUACUCACCGAUCUCAGUAUCCCUAGUGGAAACUUUUUAGAUUUAUCUACAUUUGUUACUAUAUUUAUGUAAACCAAUGGGACAUUUAAUUGAUUUUAGAAUUACUAUGUAAUCCUUUUUUUUUGCCUCUAUCCCCUUAAUCAACCCACUUUUUAAACAUUUCUCCACUGUGCCCGUAUUAAGCUCAGCUCUCAGAUGUGUGUAACUGAAUGUUUCAGCUGUCUGGAGUUUGUAUAUUUCUACCAACAGACGUUUUAUCUAAUCUUUUUUAUAAUCCUGAUUCUAUUGACCAGAUGUAUGUUUUUUUUUCUUCUCUUUGAUUUGAAUUCUAAUCAUUGAAUUUAUGCUUAAGUGACUUUGAUAUGUGAUAUAACUUAAUUCAUAUCCUUUGCCCCUUUUUAACUGUUGUACUUUUUGUAGCUUAUUACAUGUGACUUUGUGUAAAUGCAGCUCUUAGGUCAACAGAUGUGUGAAUAUCAGACAAACUGCUGGAGCUGUCCGACCGUUUCACAAAAAACUUCUCGACACUGUGAGUCGUCCAUCGCCGUUAAAAAAAAAAAAAAAACUGCUGGCAAGCUGAUGGGCGAUGGUGACAACAGAUAUCAUGUGAAACACACAGUAUAUUUACUUUUUCUCUUCUUUAUUUUCCAUAUCUGCAAAACCAAAAUGAAACUCUUGAAUUUAAGAAUUAAAGCCAUAUAACCGUAGCGUAAAAAAACAACAAGAGGGCUUCUUUCGGAUGCAAGUGAAAACAGAAUUUCUCUCUAGUCGAGCUUGCAUGCCUCCCCCCCACACCCAGCUCGCCCCUUUAACAAAAGGAACCUCCCUCACCUCUUGAGAAACACACGGACUGACUCGACUUGGACUUGAAACGUACGGACGAGUCAGACGUGUGGAAACUCCUUCGAUGGACCAACUUCACUGAGGCCUCAGUCGAUCCCCGCUGUGAUAGAUAAACCCUGAAGGCGGUGCGAUCCACCCACAGACCUUUUAUAUAAAGAAAACACUUUGUACGAAGAUUUCAUAUCAAGCCUUAUUGUUUCUUAACUCCUUUCUGUCGUCAUGUUGUUAUUUAUUAUUACUCACCCACAUUGUGUUUCGUCAGCUGAAGCCCUGGUUUGCUCCUGUGAAUGUAGCAACGCUCCUCAUGUCUCCGUCAGUCCCGCCAACACAGGUUCCACCGUUUAGUUUAAAUGAGAAGGAACCGCAGAGUUUUCUUUCACCCUACAUGUAGUUAAAAAGCUUCAAGUACAAAUGCUUUUUUUUUUUUCCUGUUUGUGAUUUUUAGUCAUUUUAUGCACAAUGCAAAUCAUGUUGCUGUUGUUUUUAUUCCUGCUCUUCCCAUUGAAUCUUCUGAUCUUGUAACAAUGAUGUACAGUCUGAGUACUUAUAAACUAUUUUUAUCACAAUAUUAUUUAUUGCUUACUUUCAAUAAAAUACUGAAACUCA